AUGAUUCUCACAUAUUCAUAUUCCUGGCCCACCUGUCAAUUGCAGACACCCGACAGAAUCCCGUGGGCUCUGCUUGACCAUGCCUUGAUGAAGCCCCCAAUCUUGCAACUGGGUGUAGAGGAUUCCUGUCGCAUGCUAAUGCCCCAUGAGGAGUCGCGAAUGGACGCUAUGAAGAUAGCUUCCGAAGAUGCGCCUCUUAAUGCUCAAGUCAAUCAAACAUCAAGCUAUCGGGGAAGGCCAGUCAUUAAUUAUGUGAGCGGAUGUUUCCGAUGCAGCUGGCUCAUGUGUUUCCUCUUCAAGGCAUAUGAUUCGAGCACCUACCCUCUCCGCGUCUGGCCUCGCAGCUUCGACUCCACUUUCAAGCUCUUCGAGGACGAACUGUAA